GUUCGCGUCCCACCCCUUCGACCAUGUUGGAAAGCACUGUGGAGUCCGACAUGCUGGAAGUUCUCUUCCGCCAAGCUCUCCUCUUUACGUGCCAAACAACCGUGUAAUGGACGAUCGCCAGCUAGACCUGACAGACGCGCAGAAAGAGACCAAAUCCAAGUACCCUCCAAUUAACAAGAAAUAUGAAUAUUUGGAUCAUACAGCAGAUGUACAAAUCCACUCCUGGGGAGACUCCUUGGAGGAAGCCUUUGAGCAAUGUGCCAUGGGCAUGUUUGGCUACAUGACGGACACCGAAACAGUGGAACCCACUGAUACUGUAGAAGUGGAGUCAGAGGGGGAAGACUUGGAAUCUCUGCUCUUCCAUUUCCUAGAUGAUUGGUUGUACAAGUUUAGUGCAGAUCUGUUCUUUGUUCCCAGAGAGGUCAAAGUUUUGUACAUUGACAGAAUGCGUUUUAGGAUUCGCUCCAUUGGGUGGGGUGAAGAAUUCUUGCUGUCAAAGCAUCCACAGGGUACAGAAGUGAAAGCCAUUACAUAUUCUGCGAUGCAAAUCCACGAUAAAGAAAAACCUGAGAUAUUUGCAAUUGUUGAUAUCUGAUACUUGAAGAGAUUGAUUAUGCGACUGGUUCAUUGGAACUGGAAUCCAUUGAUGGCCAAAUUUCAUGGUCUUUUUAUGUAAGAAUUUUUAUCAUUGAAUUGUAAAAUAUGAUUUGCUGCUCUUGGGUUCCGUGAUAGAUUAAGAGUGUAUGAUAUUGCAUUAACUAUGAAUUGUCAAUGCAGUGUACAAAUAAUUAAAUCGUUAUUAUUUGUUUAUGUGAUUCUGAAAUGUUUUGAAGAAAUAUUUAUUGCAUUGGGGAAAUAAUGUCUCUUAAGUUAAACACAUGAAUAAUGAAUUUGCAUACAUACAUUUUCUGUAGUGCUGUUCCUCAUUAGGGUUGCAUGUGAGCUGGAGCCUAUCCCUGCUGACUUUGAGUAAGAGAAGGGGCACACACUGGGUAUGUCUCCAGUCAUUCGUAGUGCACAUGUGGAGAACCAUUCAUGAAAACCAACGCAAGCAUGGGUAGAGGAAUGCAGAGUUGAGAUUCAAUCUGAGAACCACUCAACAGAGGCAUAUACAUGCUUCCACCUACACACCUUGCUGCCUCAAUCGUGAAAUGUAAACUUCAAAGUAUGUUGUUUUGAAAAAUAAAUAUAUUUUGAAAGCAAUGCAAUUUAAAAGC